AUGGGCGGGAUACUCUCCCGCGCUCGCCUGGUGAUGCGUGUCUCUCUGGAGUACUCUGAGGUCUUGCGUCGUGUGGACGCGUCUCCGGGACUUCCGAUCGAGGCACCUUCUUCACCGUACUGGACGGUGCCUCCUUCGCCGAUUUCUGACCAUGGCGCAGCAGAAGACAAACCCUUGCCUUCUCAUGCGGACGUGGUGAUCAUCGGCAGCGGUAUCACUGGUGCAUGUGUGGCUCGGACGCUUCUGGACGAAGGCCCUGAGGGCCUCAAGGUUGUGAUGCUCGAUGCCAGGGCGAUAUGCAGUGGCGCGACUGCCAGAAACGGGGGACACAUCACACCCGCUCUAUACCACGAUUACACGGCGCUGAAGAAAGAACUCGGCGCAGAGGCUGCGGAGCACAUCAUGCGCUUUCGUCUUGCUCAUCUCGACGAAUUCCUCAAGGUCGCAGACGAAGAGGGGCUGCUCGACGGGAGCCAGUGCCGUGAGGUCCAGACAUACGACGUCUUCUUCAACGACUCCCUCUUCCACGAAGCGAAGGCGCUGCUCCGCAAGUAUUUGAGCGAAUUGAACAGCGAGCGUUGCUUCUGGAAGAUCCUCAGCAGGGAGACUGCAAUGAAGGAAAUCCACGCUUCUGACCGUGUCGCUGGCGUUAUCACUACGAGGGCCGGGGCGAUUCACCCCUACAGGUUAGUCACCGGGAUCCUCGAGCGCCUCCUCACCAGAUAUCCCGAGACAUUUUCCCUCUUUUCUUAUACGCCUUGCGUCGAGAUCUCCGCCCAGGAUGGAUAUUACUUGGUCAAUACGCCCAAAGGCAUCUUACGGACCUCCCAUGUCGUGCACGCUACUAACGCCUGGUCAUCGCAUUUACUACAAGGCAUGCGUCGCAAAAUCAUGCCCAUGCGCGCGACCAUGAGCGCUCAACUACCGAAGUCAUCGACGAAGUUGGAUGCCCCUCCUGCGUACACCACGAACCCCAAUCCUUUGCCCGAGGCAUCCCUUACCCUCCCAAGAAAUCCAAGAAAUCCCUAUCCAUGGUUUGGUACACGUUCCUUCGUCAUCUACCCAACGGCAUCCUGGACGCACUACGACUACCUAACUCAGCAGCCGACACCUCCUUCUGGAAUGCGACCCUACCCUCACCCACACGCCGAGUUCAUGUACGGCGGCGGCGUUAGCCACGCUUACACAUCCCCUGCCGCCAUUGGCGCGGGCGGGCACGGUGAAAUCGCCUGCACCGACGACGGGAGCAUCGACCUCGGGGUGCGGGCCUACCUUGGCGGAGCGCUGGGCGCGUACUUUGGGAGCGAAUUCGGGGCGAGUGCGCGAGACGGAGGAAGCACCGGCGAACCUGAGGAGCCAGUCAGAAAGCACUUCUGGACGGGGCUGGAGGGCAUAUCCGCCGAUGGGCGGCCUUGGGUUGGCAGUAGGCUACCGCACGAGAUCACGGGCCGCAAGCUUGGGAGGCAGGCAGCUAAGGCAGGCCCGCUCGCAACGCCUGCCUCGUCAGCAGCUCCGGGGGAAUGGAUAUGCGCUGGCUAUACUGGGGAGGGGAUGGUACAUGCCUGGCUGUGCGCUAAGGCGAUGGCGCGUAUGCUACUUGGGACGGAGGGCGAGGAUCGCGCUGAGUAUAAGUGCGGAGAAAGCAAGUUCGCCAGGUUGCCAGAUGCGUAUCGGUUUUCGAUGAAGAGAUGGAAGGCGGCGAAGAUGGAAGACAGGCUGGGUAAAGACUGA